CCGCCCCUGAGAGGGGCCGGGGCCCGGCACCGCGGAAGGGCCUGUCGGGACCGCGCCGGUCCGGGACCGCGGGCGGAGCCGUGCCGUACUACAAGUCCCAGGGAGCGGCGGGAGCUGCUGUCGGAGCGGGACUGUCGGAGCUCCUUGUACGGGUACAGAGCCAGCUGACGUUGGGAAGCAUGUGGCUGUGGCACUGGGGGCCCUGAAGACCGCCUGGCUUGCAGGGAGGAAUGCUCCGGUGGGCAGUGCACUUGGAAGGUGGGCCACGGAGGGUGAACCACGCGGCCGUGGCUGUGGGGCACAAGGUCUAUUCCUUUGGUGGCUACUGCUCCGGGGAGGACUAUGAGACCCUGCGGCAGAUCGACGUGCACGUUUUCAACGCAGUGUCUCUGCGCUGGAUCAAGUUGCCUCCUGUGUGGACAAACAGCCGAGACCACGUGAGGGAGGUGCCCUACAUGAGGUAUGGACACUCAGCAGUGCUCAUUGACGACACCGUCUACAUCUGGGGCGGUCGCAACGACACGGAGGGAGCCUGCAACGUGCUCUAUGCUUUUGAUGUCAACACGCACAAGUGGUUCACACCAAAGGUGUCUGGAAUGGUCCCAGGGGCGAGAGAUGGGCACUCAGCUUGUGUUCUGGCCAAGAGCAUGUUUAUCUUUGGAGGCUAUGAACAGCUGGCUGACUGCUUUUCAAAUGAUAUCCAUAAAUUGGACACCACAAACAUGAUGUGGACCUUAAUCUCUGCCAAGGGUACUCCAGCUCGCUGGAGAGACUUUCAUUCAGCUACCAUCAUUGGAACAAAGAUGUACGUGUUUGGUGGCAGAGCAGAUCGUUUUGGGCCAUUUCAUUCCAACAAUGAGAUUUACUGUAACCGCAUUAAGGUGUUUGAUACAGAAACCAACUCCUGGCUGGACUCCCCUCCCACUCCCGUGCUCCCAGAGGGCCGGCGGAGCCAUUCAGCCUUCAGCUACAAUGGGGAGCUAUAUGUAUUUGGUGGCUACAAUGCACGCCUGAACAGACACUUCCAUGACCUCUGGAAAUUCAAUCCAGUUUCUCUUUCUUGGAGGAAGAUUGAACCCAAGGGGAAAGGGCCAUGUCCUCGCCGCCGGCAGUGCUGCUGCAGAGUGGGGGAUAAAAUCAUUCUCUUUGGAGGUACCAGCCCAUCUCCGGAGGAGGGAAUGGGUGAUGAAUUUGACCUGAUGGAUCACUCAGAUCUCUACAUCCUUGACUUCAGCCCCAGUCUGAAGACGCUGUGUAAGCUAGCAGUGAUUCAGUACAGCCUGGACCAGUCUUGCCUUCCCCACGACAUCAGAUGGGAGCUCUCGGCCAUGACAACGAACAGCACCAUCAGCCGCCCCAUUGUCUCCAACCAGGGAGGGUACAAAAGGAGGCCAGGAGCAGCAGGGUCAGCAGGUUCAGCCACAGCCGGAGGCGAAGGAGGCAGCGGUUCCCUGGCAGCUUCAGGCCAUCCCAGCUCCGGCUCCCUGGCAGCUUCAGGCCAUCCCAGCUCCGGCAGCAUGACCAUCUUCUGCAGCCACUGCCACCGGCCCCUGCAGGCAGAGAUGAGCUGCCUGCCCACCAGGGCCAAGCAGGCGCCCAGUGCCUCGAGGCCCUUCAGGUCAACCAAGAAUGCUUCCAAGGCUCGCCGAGACCAGAUCAAUGUGGAGCUGCAGGCGCUGCGCUCCCUGCUGCCCAUCUCUGCACAGGAGAAGGAGCGGCUCUCCUACCUGCACACCAUGGCCCUGGUGUGCCUGCGGCUGCGGGGAGCUCAGCUGUUCCCUCCAGACAGCAAGCUGGUCUACAUCUCAGAGAAUGUGGCUCAGGUGCUGGGCCUCUCUGUGGUGGAGCUGCUCGCCCAGGGGGACACGGUCUUUGACAUCCUGGAGGGGCGAGUGGGAGAAGAUGUGCACAAGAAACUCCUCCUUGCCCGGGAGGAACCUGGCAGGGAAGUCACUUUUGUCAGCGAGAUGCGCACGUCCAAGGCCUUCCGGCUGCAGCACGGCGGGAAUCGGGUCGUGGCAGUGUGCGGGCGCUUUGUGGCCCUGCGCUGGCCACCCUCCCCCUCCACCACAGCCUUCCUGGCCCUCUGCACACCCCUUGUGCAGUCGCCCACAGAUGGCGAAGCUGCUUCCCAGGACGACGUAUUCCAGAGCAUGCACCUCCUGGACAUGACUUUUAUUGAUCUUACGGAGAGUGUCGCCUACCACCUAGGCUACCACAGGGAGGAGCUGGUCGGUCAGUCGUGGUACAGCCUCCUGCACCCUGAGGAUGCUGACCUGGCAGCUGCCCAGCACAGGGCCGUGGCGCUGGGGGCCGGGGCCGGGCCGGCAGCGGGGACCGCCGUGCUGCGAGUGCUGCACAAGGACCGCACCUGGACCUGGCUGCGCGUGUGGGCGCGGCGGGACGGCGGCUGCAUCACCUGCACCUGCCGCUGCCUCAGGGAGGAGGAGGCGGCCCACCUGCGCUCCCGGCAGCCCCGCGCCGCCGCCCCGCCCGCGGGCCGGGCCCUGGGCCGGCUGGCCGAGCAGCUCCGCGCCCUGGCCGACAGCCUCUCGCCGCCCGCCGCGCCCCAACGCUGGCCGCGCCCCGAGGGAGCCGAGCACGAUGCCUCCGCCUGCCUCGGGAACUCUCUGCUGCAGCCUCCCCAGUUCCUCCGGUUUCCUUUUGAACAGAAGAUAGGAUGCAGCAUUCCAGGCGUGCUGUCGCAGGGGCCGCGCCGGGACCGGGGGCGGGGGCGAGCCGCCGCCGCCACCAUGAUGAGCAAGGAAGAGGCGGCCGCGGAGCAGCCGGUCCGGUGGCUGGAGCCGGCAGAAGAUUCCGGCUCCAGCGACGACAGUGACGACGGCGGGAGCGUGGCGGGGGCUGGCGGGAGAGAUCCAUCUGACAUGUCUUUUGAGGAACUCCUGCGGGUGCAGAGUGAUACAAGGACGAGAGUGAGCAAGAAGGUACCUGGUGGGAAGAAAGCUGCAAAGCCUACCAAAGCUACACUGAAGCAGCAAGGCAAAAAGGGGCCAUUGGAGAUGUCUGCCAAGAAGCCUGUACCUUUCCUGCGACAAGUUGUCCCCGUUAGGAAGAAGGUCCAGAGAGACCCUCGAUUUGAUGACCUUUCUGGAGAGUAUAAGCCUGAAAUAUUUAUGAAGACAUACAGCUUCCUGGACAGCAUCAAGAAGCAGGAGAAGGAGAUGGUUCAGAAACAGCUGAAGAAAUGCCGGAACAUGGAACAGAAGGAGAAACUUCAGCGGCUCCUGAACCGUAUGACACAGCAGGAACAGGCACAGAAAAAACAGCAGAAGUUGAGAGAGAGGGAGCUGUCUUUGAAAAGACAACAGAGGGAAUUGGCCAAGCAGGGAAAGAAACCCUUCUUCCUAAAGAAAUCUGAGAAGCGGAAAUUGGAACUAGCUGAGAAGUAUGCAGAGCUGAAGAGGAGUGGAAAGCUGGAGAGCUUCCUGAACAAGAAGAGGAAGAGGAAUGCCAUCAAAGACAAGCGCCAUCUGCCCUCACAGAAGAACUUGUGACUGUUGGACAGCCAUGCUGUUGUCUGGCUCUGGCUCAUUCUGCUUUAGCCAGGCCUGGAGGAUGGUUGUCCCUCUUCCCAGGAUCUGCCUUUCACUGUGAAGUGAUGCUGUAAGGCAGCAGAGCAGGGGCUGAACUGAAGGAAAUAGUGGGUUUUUGGAACUGAAGUAUCUUCUUUGCCUGGGUGGUGACAAGUGUGUCGUGCAGAUGACAGCUGUCUUUGCCCUGGCACCUGCUCAUUUCUACUCUAGCAAGGAAAGUGUGAGUCCUGCCCUGCACUGCUGAAUCUACUCCAGGUUUUUUCAGACUUCCACUGAGGUGGAAAAGGACAUGGGACAAUGCCUGCUCAGAGCAGCAACCCUGACUUCAGAUCAGGUUGCCCAGGCCUGCUUUGGUGUGAUCUGGUAAUGUCCAAGGACAGAUCCCCUCACCUUUCUUGGCCUCUGCUCUACUGCUUCAGGUUCUCAAGAUGGAACUUUUUGUUCCCUCAUCCAGGAAACCUGCCUGGUGUUAGUCCAUAACCAUUGUCUUGUUCUCAGUGAAGUGCCUGGCUCUGUCUUUUCAGCAGCUUUGUCACAGGUCUGAGGGGUAGGUGGGAAAGGGGGUACUGUAAGGUCUCCCCAAAGUCUUUUCUUCCUAAGGGUGAAUGAAUCCUGUUUCCUGAGCCUUUCCCAGCACUGCUCCAGCCUCUGACAGCUUUCACACACUCAACUGGAGUCAGCCCAGACAACCAAGAGCUUUUGGUGGCCCAGCAUGGACCCAGUAUCUGGAUGUAGUCUCACUAGAGAUGGGUAAAGGUGAGAGGAUCACUCCAUGUGGGCUGCUCCUGGUGAUGCAGAUCUAGGUGUGGCUGGCCUUCCUCAUUCACGGGGCAUGCUGUGACUGCUCAGGUAUUGGUGCUUGGGAUCUCUCCUUCAGAGCAGCUUGGUUUCUCAGGGUCAUCUCCACAGAGUUAUGAGUGCUUCUAGGAAGCUGAUCCUGUAUGAAAUAAAGCACCUGUUUUUCUUUA